GUGAUCACCGAUUCUUAACUUAACUUUUGCUUCGGUGGUUGGGAAACAUCAAUUGAUUCAAUUUCCCUUUGCUCACAGGUUGGCUUUAACUUAUAUCUAAUCUAGCAAGCAUCUAAACUAUGUUUUUCGAUGGAUACCAUUAUCCCGGAACCACCUUUGAGCAUAGUUACCGCUGCUACCCUGCUUCUUUUAUCGACAAGCCUCAAAUUGAAAGUGGUGACAGGAUUAUAAUGCCACCAUCAGCCCUUGAUCGUCUCGCCUCUUUGCAUAUUGACUAUCCUAUGCUGUUUGAGCUUCGUAAUGCUGGAAGUGAACGUGUUUCACACUGUGGUGUCCUUGAGUUCAUUGCUGAAGAAGGCAUGAUUUACAUGCCUUAUUGGAUGAUGCAGAAUCUUCUCCUGCAAGAAGGAGACAUUGUGAGAGUUCGAAAUGUCACUCUUCCUAAGGGGACUUAUGUUAAACUACAGCCCCACACUACUGACUUCCUCGAUAUAUCCAACCCUAAAGCCAUCUUGGAGACAGCUUUGAGAAACUACUCAUGCCUAACCACUGGGGAUAGCAUUAUGGUUCCAUACAACAAUAAGAAGUACUUCAUAGAUAUUGUUGAAACAAAGCCUGCUAAUGGAAUCAGCAUCAUUGAAACUGACUGUGAGGUUGAUUUUGCACCUCCCCUUGACUACAAAGAGCCUGAACGUCCUAAAGCACCUGCUGCUGCUGCUAAGGCUCUGGCAAAAGCUGAGGAGGUUGAGGCUGAACCGGAACCAAAGUUUAAUCCUUUCACGGGAUCUGGAAGACGGUUAGAUGGGAGACCUCUUUCCUAUGAGCCACCACCUUCUUCCUCCUCUAGCUCAAAAGACAAACAGCCUGCUGUUACUAAUGGUAAUGGACAGUCGUCUGUAGCAAGUGGCUCAGAGAGAGCUGCGCGACAAGCUCAAGGAAAGCUUGUGUUUGGGGCCAACGCAACCCGUGCUCCAAAAGAAGCUCCAAAGGUUGGAGCUGGAAAGGAGACAAAGAAAGAGGAAGAAGAGUCCAAGUUCCAAGCUUUCACUGGGAAGAAGUAUUCAUUGAGGGGUUGAUGACUAACUCAGUCUGCCGGUCUAUUUAUGAUCCCUCUCAUGUUAUGUGUAUUAUAUAAGUACUAGUGCCUCGAUUUAAAACAAGGAAACAAAUAAUUUAAUAAAGCUCUCUGUUUUUCUUC